GCCCACCGCGACACCCAAACACAGCGUCGUAUUUCUGCGACAGCGAGGUUACAUCAGGGACUCUGGCGUUUUCCCGAAUAUUCUCAACAUUUUAUAUCUUAUUUCAUACCAAGCGAGUUUUAAAACGCACACAUAAACAUGUCCACUGCUAUGAACUUCAGCUCGAAGAGUUUUAAGCCUCGGGCUCCGGACAAAGGCUCUUUCCCUCUGGAUCAUUUUGGAGAGUGUACCGGCUUCAAAGAGAAGUUUAUGAAGUGCCUGAGGGAGAACAGCUUCGACAACUCUGUGUGCCGACUGCAGUCUAAAGAUUACCUGGAAUGCAGGAUGGACCAUCAACUCAUGACCAAGGAGCCUCUGGAGAAACUGGGAUUCAAAGACUUGAUGGACCCUCCUUCCGAUCAAGAUAACAGAGACACCAAACCCUGAUGUGCGGCUGUUUCCGUCUGCAUCCAGUGGUGCUCUGAACUUAUCCAACAGUUUAUUGUCAAUAAGUCGUAUGCAUUUGCGCUCCAAAUGCACAUGGAAAGCAAAUACUGCUGUAAAGGUGGAGUAGAAGAAGAACAGCUUAAAGGGCCGGGUGCAGCCCUGCAGGAGAACUUUGAUUUGUGGCUUUAGAGUGGGACUGCAGAGUGCAAACCAACUCAAAAUCAUGGAUAAAUAUGUAUUGCAAUUUUACUUUUAGUUAACAAUAAAUCUUUGUGAUUUAAGAAGUUAUCUCAAAGCAUUUGAUGCAGUCGUUUUGAUAUGAGUUAUAUACUUAUUGCUCGGAUUCACAUGAAAAGUCAUUGCGUGGUAUUUUACUGAUAAACCAGAUAGUUUCACGUUCAACUACAUGCAGUUCAAUUCGGAGUUCAGCUCAAAUCGUACAGAAGAGUGAAAAAGCAUUGACCCCUUGAGUUUUGGCAAUUUCUAUUUGUAAAGCAAUAUUUUAUCCAUGUCUUUACUUUGAUGGUUAAGGAGAAAUUGCCUCAAAGGUAGAAAUAAUCAGAAACAUACAAUUUUAAAGGUAGCGAUUAAAGCGAUUUGUGGACGACUUCAUGUCUACUAAUAUUUGAAACAAAACUUCAGGACACAGGGUGCCCUGCUCCUCCUUCUCAAGAAAACGCCCGGUCAUGGACUCUGUCAAGCCUCUUGCCCCCUCGCUCCGUGUGCACAAACACAGACCCUCCCCCUUUCCGUGUCUGGCUGGAGUAAUUUGUUUGUUAUGGUUUGGGGGUCAGGCUGCUCUGUUUCCAAUCUGGAUUCAGAAAUGAGUCAGAAGACUUUUUUUUUUCUGCAUACCCAUGAGAUGAGCAGCUAGCAGAUGGUCAGGAGAUUUUCACUAAAUGUUAAAAAGCUUAGAAUUGCAUACCCUGCCUUUUAAAUUGUAUUUCUGUAACUCUGUGUUGAAGUGCUUGACUAAGGUCUCCUAAAGUAAAGCUUUAAUCUUUGGUGGAAAUUAAAGAGAGAGAUUGUAUGCCCUAGGUGUAUUUAAUAAUUAAAUAAAACAAAUAUGAAUGUAUUAUUAUUUAUUUAAUGACUGUCAAUGCUGGGCCCCUCACUCCGAGUAAUACAACUCAUGAGAUCAGGAGCUUCUGAAAUACCUGCCAGGAUGUCCUUUAUGUAACAACAGAAGCAAAACCCUCUCAAGUUGUACAAACAUGAGAAGUUGACGGCCGUGUUUUCUUUGGAGUAAGCUGUUAAUCUUGUAUAUUAUGUAUUGUCAUGUCCACUUGUAUAAGUUUGAAAGAUAAUGAUUCUCCCAAAAACUUUAUUUACAUCAUUAACUGUAUUUAUAGAAACAAAACUGAAAUGUUGAUGCCAAUAGGUAGAAAACUAAUUUCAGUGUUACAUUUACAUAGGAUGCAUCGUCAUACUGGAAGUUGGAGGGGUUUCAAAGGAUCUGGCAACAUAUGUUUCUCUGGAUUUAUGAUUUAUGAAAACUUUCCACAUUCCUGAAAUUUUACUUACUUGCUUUAGUCUUUGGAAUCUGUUUUUGUGCCACAAGGUUCUUGUGUCCAGUGGGUCUAACUGACAAAAAUUGAUUCAAGUGUUAAACAUUUGGGCAAUUCUAAGUACCCCCUCACUUCUCCCACAGUAUUUAAAAGUGUAAGUUGCAGCCAAGGACUUGAUCAAUUAAUAAUAAGCAGGUUUCCUGAAAAUUUCAAUGGCAUAUGGACAAGUUAAUGCUCCACCCAAUCUGUGGUUAAUAAAGAAA